AUGGUCAGCCCCAGGAAGCUCCUCCAGAUGGCGAGGAAAUGGCGAAGGAUGGACACAGUGAGGAGACGAACGAUCGCCUGGACCGGACCUGCGGAGAGAACAUCCACAGAACCAUACGGCUACCCCUCUUCUUUUCCCGUCAAAGGAAGCUUCGUAGUGUACUCCAGCGACCGCGUCCGGUUUGUACUUCCCUUAGCGUACAUCAACACUCUAGUCUUCCGUGAGCUUCUCGAGAUCUCCAAAGAAGAGUUCGGAUUGCCCGGCGAUGGCCCCAUCGUCAUACCCUGCGAUGCCGCGCUCAUGCUGUGCAUCGUUUCGAUGCUCUAG